UGGAUGAGAGUGCAUCCAAACAAACAUUGUUUCCUUUUUCUUCAACCUCUUCGUUUUGAACUACACCAGUGCCGCCAUGAAGACCACUCGCAUGUGCCACAACCUGCACUCACUCCUUCAAUCCCUAAACCAAUCACUUCACAAAAGGACUAUCUCUCUCUCUCUCUGCCUCAUCACAAUCGCUUGUGGCGGCACCACCACCACCACCACCGCUUCUAAUAACCUAUGUUUCCCGAUAUGGGUAUUUGGAUUGCGCUCGUGUGGUUCAAGCGUUGUGCCUCAAACUCCAAUUUUCAGCGAGGGUUUGCCGACAUGGGUAUUUCGAUUCAGGCCAAGGCGGGUAUGAGGAGGAGUGAUGUUUGGGGGAACCAGAGUACAAGAUACUCUCCUAACAACAUAGAGUUUGUUCAGAAUUUUAUCUAUACAGACUUUUAGAUAACAAUGGUCUCUUGAGGCUCUAGUUGGGUGGCCAGACAAACUCCGGGAAAGGGUUGCUGAUUGGCGGAAGCUUUGGAGGUGCCGUUUGAGUGUAAGAGUGAGGAGGAGUUUGGUUGGCAAAGAAAGGGUGGGAGAGUUGGUGGUCUUCUUGGAAGCUCUGGUGUGGUCGAAGAAGAGUUUAAAUUAUUCAUUUUAGUCCUGGUUGACAUGGAAUCUAUGUGGCAGGACAGCAUAUUACAUGACCCUUGACAUGCCACGUGCCAUCGUUACUAAGGUGGACCGAAUGCAAUCAUAUAUAAGAGUGAUACCUUCACUAUUCAUUUUUUGUUCUCUCUCCAAUCCCAAACAACUAGUUAUUUUGUUGUAUUUUUACCCUAACCCUCCCCCAAAUUCCAUGGAAAUUCGUCUCCCUGCCGCCAAGCACAAUGUCGAACAAGACUUAGCUGAAGACCAAACUCCCCAACAAUGUGACCCAAUUUUUUCUGCUAUGAUUCUACAACAAGUUUCUCUCCUCAAUUCUGCACUCUCACUCUCUGCCUCGGAUUGUGCCAAUGUUAAGAGCGCCGUUUUCGUCCUUUCCAAACUCGCCAAAAAGAAGGACCUAGUGGUUGUGGAUACUAUAGUGAACAGAAGCGCUGUCCCUGCUCUGGUGAGGCAUCUUCAAGUGCCAGAUGCUGUGAAAGAUGAUGUUGGUGGUGUUACCGAAUAUUACUGGCUUGAGAUGGCGAAAGGAUGUGCAUUCAUCCUUGGGCUUCUUGCCAUUCAACCAACGCAUCAGCAACUAAUUAUAGAAGCUGGAGCCUUGCCCUGUCUUAUAGAUUUGUUAAGGAGGCACAAGAUCAGUACCAUUUCUCAACUGCUCAGUGAUGUUUUAAAGAGAGUAGCUGAUGCUAUAACGAGCCUUGCCCUUCGAAAUUCUGGCAUUAAGACCCUUGUCAGGAUGGAAGGUGGUAUUGCUCCUCUUGUUGAAUUGCUUGAAUUCAAUGACACAGAGGUACAGAGAGCAGCUGCUGGGGCCUUGCGAACUCUUGCAUUUAAUAAUGAUAACAAUAAAAAUCAGAUGGUUGAAUGCAAUGCAUUACCCGCUCUUGUACUAAUGCUUCAAUCAGAGGAUCGUAAAAUACAUAACGAGGCAGUAAGUGUGAUUGGAAAUCUGGUCCACUCUUCACCAAAUAUUAAGAAACAUGUUCUUCUAGCUGGGGCUUUACAACCUAUUAUUCGAUUACUUAGUUCCUGCUGUUCAAAGAGCCAAAGAGAAGCAGCCCUUUUACUUGGUCAGUUUGCUUCAGCAGAUUCAGAUUGCAAGGUUCAUAUUGCCCAAAGAGGGGCUAUUCCGCCAUUAGUUGACUUGCUUAAGUCUCCAUAUGCAAAAGUUCAGGAAAUGUCAGCUUUUGCACUUGGGAGGUUGGCACAGGACUCACAUAAUCAAGUUGGUAUUGCUCAUAAUGGAGGUAUAGAGGCUCUGCUCAAUCUUCUCUCAGAUAGCGCACGCCUCCAACAUGUUGCUGCUUUUGCUCUCUAUACUCUUGCUGUUAAUGAGGAUAUCGUUGCAGAUAUUAUCAAGGCUGGUGGUUUUCAAAAGCUGAAGGCUGGAAUUUUCAAAGUUCACUCUACUAGAGGGUUUGUAGCAAAGACAUUAAAAAGAUUGGAGAAGACACAAGGCCGAGUAUUGAAACACCUAAUAUAUCUUAUGCGCUUUGCGGAAAAAUGGGUUCAAAGAAAUGUAGCUUUUGCUCUUGCUUAUUUAUGCGGUCCUCAUGAUCGUAAAACUAUAUUCAUUGACAAUAAUGGAUUGGAAUUACUGCUGGGUCUUCUUGAAUCUCCGGAUGUAAAGCAGAAGGGUGAGGCUUCAGCGGCACUUCACAACUUGGCUGUCAAAGCCAGCUUUUCUGCCUAUCUUUUUGACACUUAUCCUCCAUCACCAACUCCCCAGAUGUACUGGGGCGCGGAAUAUGUAAACAAUCCUAAUCUUUCUAAUGUCACAUUCCUGGUUGAAGGUAGAUGCUUUUAUGCUCAUAGAGAUUGUUUACUUUCUUCUGAUAUAUUUCGUGCAAUGCUUGAUGGCAGUUAUAGGGAAAGUCAAGCCAAACAAAUAGUGAUUCCGAACAUCAAAUGGGAUGUCUUUGAAUUGCUGAUGAGGUUUUUAUACACUGGAAAAGUAGAUGUCUGUUUUGAUAUUGCUCAGGACCUCCUCGGAGCUGCAGAUCAGUAUCUACUGGGCGGUCUUAAGCGAAUUUGUGAACGUGCUAUUGUUAAGGGUAUUUCUGUGGAAAAUGUUUCAAUACUGUACAACAUGUCAGAGGCUUUCAAUGCAACUGCAAUAAAGCGUGCAUGCAUGCUGUUUAUCCUGAAGAAAUUUCAUAAUCUGAGAUACAAACCAUGGUAUUGUCCUCUGGUUGAUCGUAUGAUACCUGAAAUACGUAUGUAUUUCUCAACUGUACUUGUCAAGUGUCAUCCAGCUGACUCGAGGAACCAUAGAUUUUAACCAUGACAGGAGGAAAGAUGAAAACUCUAAAUGUUUUAAUUAUAGAACCGCAGGUCAUGCUUUGUUAGCUUAUCUGGUUGGGGAAUUAAAACAUGACUCUUUUUUUUUCAAGUGAAAACUCGUAUACUUUUACUUGAAAAUUAAAUUACUAUUUUUCAUGUAUCUGUCUCAGUCAAUACAAGAUUGUUUGACUUUUGUGCUAGCUAGUUUUGGUGUUUAAUUGUUGA